AUGUCUUACACUAAUGGUCUUCCCCACGGCAAUGAAGUCAAUGAAGAGAUCAAGUUCUUUGUGAACGGCGACAAAGAAGAAUUCGAUCCAAAGAACUGGACUGGUUCCCAGAAUCAACUCCCAAUACGUGGAAAGGAGACGGGUAUCAAUGUACUGAUAGUGGGAGCGGGACUUGCUGGAUUGACGUGUGCAUUGGAAUGCUGGAGGAAGGGGCACAAUAUCGUGGGAAUCUUGGAGAGAAAUAAAGGGCCAAACUAUUCUGGUGAUCUCAUCUUUAUCCAGCCAUCUGCUUCAAACUUCAUGCGCUACUGGCCCGAUAUGUGUCGAGACUUAAAGGAGGACAAAACUGACAUUCCCGAAUACUACCGAAAGCACAACGGCGAGCUCAUCUAUGGGCCUUCGGAACCGCACUUCAACGAUCCCGAGGACAUAUCCUUCCGCGAAAAGAUUGGCGCUCCGCACGUGGGGGCAUUACAAAUUCGCAAGAAGUUCUACCGAAUGUUGUUGCGGCAAGUGGCUAAAUUAGGCAUCAAGGUUGAAUACGGAGAACGUGUCGAGAAGUACUUCGAAGAUGAAGCCGCUGGUUUAGGUGGCGUUAUGACAGAAAGUGGCUCUAUUAGAGUAGCUCACAUAGUCGUUGCUGCCGAUUCUGCUAAGUCCAAAUCCGAAAUCCUCAUUGCUGGUGAGCAUAUGCCAUCAGUAUCCAGCGGUAUGUCCGUCUAUCGUGCGUCAUAUCCAGGAUAUCUGGCCAAGAAAGAUCCGAUUCUUCAAAAGAGAUGGGGAGGCGAGAACUCUGUAUCACAUGAGCUUUGGCUGGGACCUGGUAUGCAUAUUGGGCUCUUCUUUUCAUCUGAAUUUGUUGCUUUCGGAAUUACACCCCGCAACAACUUCCUAGUAGAAGGAAGUACCGAGGCCAAAGAGUCGUGGGAUCCUACCGUCGAUCCCGAGGAAGUUAUUCAAGUCCUCAAAAGGGUAUCCGACUGGGAUGAAGCCAUCGUAGCUCUCGUGAAGAAUGCACCCAAAGGUUCUGUGAUACACUGGCCUUUAUUGUGGCGCAAUCUUCGACGCGAAUGGACUUCCAAGAGUGGCCAUGUUGUACAGAUCGGCGAUGCUGCGCAUUCCAAUGUCCCAAGCUCUGCUAGUGGGGGUACCCUAGCCCUUGAGGACGCUAUAACAUUGGCCUCAUGUUUACAGUUGGCAACACAUGGAGGUGGAUCUGGGGCUGCGGGGCUCGGAGCGAAAGUAUAUAACUUACUGCGAUGGCAACGUGUGAGUUGCAAUCAAAAAAUGGCCUUUGUUAACUCACAGGCCACGAAUACGAAGAGUAUGGAUUGGGAUGCUAUUGGAAAAGAUCCCAAGAAGGUUCGCCUUCGGUUCUGCAAGUGGUUUUUUCGACAUGAUCCUGAAGCCUAUGUGUACGAAAAAUAUGGGCAGGCUUUUGCACAUCUAGUUGAUGGUGCUGAUUUCCAGAAUACCAAUAUACCUCCUGGCCACAAGUUCGUGCCUUGGACGGUUGAAGAAGUCCAAAAGGAUAUCAAAGAGGGGAAAAGGAUAGAAGAGUUCUUAGACGGGGACUGGUCAUAG